GGUAGACAAGAGGGUGUCGCUCGCAGUCCCCACGGUGUUGGGUACGAUGUGGUGAUGCAGUUGAUCCAUCCCUAUCUGUACAGAUAUCACCAUCUAGUCUGUGACAACUACUUCUCCAGCCCAGCUCUUUGUUCUGCUCUCUUUGAGGCAAACACUUACAUGACGGGCACUGUAAGGGUGUGCAGGAAGGGAAUGCCAAGGUCGUUAAAGGGCUUAAAACUACAGCGAGGAGAGAUUGUUGUAAAGCAAACUGGGUCUAUUAUGGCACUUUGUUACGGAGACAGAAAAACCGUAACAUUUAUGUCUACGCUAUCUAAGCUCAACGUUAUCCCAACACAGAACGCCCGAGGAGUUGAAGUUCUCAUACCAGCUGUCAACAAUGUGUACAACAAAAAGAUGGGUGGUGUUGACCUGUCCGACAAAAGUUUGGAACUUUACGACCCAGAUAUAAGGUCAAACAAAAUGUGGAAACGAAUACUCUUUAACCUUCUUCUGAGAGUUAUCUCCAACGCCUACAUCAUAUACAGACAAAAUAGAGGUUUGCGCACUAAAAUGGACAGGAUGGACUUUCAUAUGGGCGUCUGCUUGGGUCUGAUAGGAAAUUUUCGGCAACCUAGGCGCUUUGCAGGAAGGCCCAGCCUGUCCACUCAAACAAGACUGACAGAGAGGCACUUCAUAGAACAGCUUGAUGGCAGAAAGAGAAAAAUCUGUGUGAUCUGCAAGAGUAAAGUGAGAACGUGGUGCGCCCCCUGCAGUGUUGGGCUUUGCAUUAAAUGUUUUAAAACUUUCCACACCACUAGACAUUAUGAAGAAUAAAAUGUACAGCAAAAUUGUCUUGCAUCUUUGUUGUUAUA